GUUGCAGUUAAGAAGUCCAGAGAAUUGGACAAAGAGAGUUAAAGAGUUCAUCAAUGAGGUGGUCAUUCUUACACAUUAAUCACAAAAACAUUGUUGAGUUAUUAGGCUGUUGUUUGGAGACUGAAGUUCCUCUGCAAGUUUAUGAAUUCAUCCCCAAUGGAACACUUUUCCAGUAUGUACAUGAUCAAAAUGAGGCCUUCCCAUUAACUUGGGAAAGACGAGUAACAAUUACAGCAGAAGUUGCAGGUGCACCUUACUGCUUGCACUCAGCAGCCUCCAUUCCCAUUUAUCAUAGAGAUGUUAAGUCCUCAAAUAUUCUAAUGGAUGGAAAGUAUAAGGCAAAAGUUGCAGACUUUGGGACAUCGAGAUCAAUUGCCAUUGAUCAAACUCAUUUGACCACAAAUGUGAAGGGCACAUUUGGGUAUGUCAAAAUUGAAGUAACCAAUCUUUGGGAUGGCGCCUCGACUUCAACAGGUUCAGGUUUGGACUCUGGAGUUGCUUUGUCAUUAGACAUGGAGUCAUGAAUUUUCAGUGAAUCAUGGGGACUUAACUGACUUAUCCUAAAAUGCAUUUGUUCCAUGUAGGGGGGUGUAAUAAGUUCUUUCUUUUUUGUGUCUGAAAAUUUUUAGUUCAUUUAAUUUUUAUUUUUGUCACUUUGUAGUUCAAAGUUCAAAUAAAGUUUGCACAACUUGGUUACAAUGUUUUGAUAUAAUGACAGGCUAAAGUAUUAUUGAACCAUUUCCUUUUCAGAUUUAAAUUCAUUUUGCCUUACGAAAACUUGACAGGGUUAAAUCAAGUCCCAACACAUGA